GUCAUUCAGUGCUUUGAGAGAUGCACUGGAUGCAUUCGGUGACGACUCACUCGUAAAGGGAUUUACUGAAAACUUAAACUGUCGAGAUGCUCUCUAGAAAGACUGUCAAACUUAUCCUUUAUGAGCUUCUGCAGUUUGCAUGUCUCUGUGUUCCUGUGUUUGUAGUAAUGGAGCGUUUUGCUUCUGUCAUUCGUAUAGUGAAGUCUAGUGCCACUGCCUACUGGCUGGUGGUGGCGGCCUCGGUGGCCUAUGUGGCAUCUGUAACCCUGUUUGUGUGGGUUCCUUUGAAAUACUUCAUCCUCAAGACACAGCGCUUCUCAGAGGUGACCAACUGGAGACCGGUUACACUUGCAUAUGUGAUCCUCAGCACUUUACCAUGCUUUGCUAUAAUCAUAGCCAGCUCAAAGGUUCAAGUUGAUGCUGGCGUUAAGUGUGACCACUUCACUGAGCUUCCCGUCUCUCUGGUCUUGUUCUCCCUCAUUUGUGUGGACAUAGUGGAGAAAAUUCGCCCUCUUCGCCUGACAGGACAGACAAGCGGAUUAGAGUUGGAUUUUGAGAUGCCAGGUCCGGUGUUGACUCACUUGGGACAGGUGACAUCAGUGUCCGGACAGCUGCAGGCUAACGGAUGGGACGUUGACGCGUCUCCGAGGUCGCCAGUUAGGAAUGGGACACUAUCAAGACGUUGGAGGGAUGCAGAUGAAAGCGGCCCCUCUCGCACCAGCAGCACGGCAUAUCUCUACUCCUCUCAUUCUUACUCGGGUCCGUUUCGCUUCGUCUGGAUUCGAGAACCUCGACAUGACCUCUUCGUGGCCACCUUCAUGUUUUGGUUUGACACGGUGGAAAUGGUAAGGGUGGCAGGGACUGAUGCGGUGUAUUACUCAGCGUGGGUGUUUCCUAUAUACAUACUGGCUUAUCUGUCCAUCCUGCGCGUUGUUAUAACUCCAGACAGUCCUUUGCUGGCUUCAUCAAGUGUUCUCUCCCAAGAUUUGCCCUUCCUGGUGGUGCGUAUAUGCCUGGUGGCUGUUUUCGGUUACAUUACGCCUGUGCUGUACAUACUAAAGAACUUUUUCACUGCGGUAUCUUUCGUGUACUUUGUCUUUAUGACUAAACUAAAACUGCUGAACAGAGAAAGCAUGUUCUGAGGGCAUAAUGGAAAUCUAUACAGAAUUACAGCUCAUGUAUUGUAGAUUGUAAAUACUUUUUAAGGUUCAGAAUAAAUGUGUGUAUUUCGUGAUUUUUAUUUUAAAAGGUGGCCAAAACUAUACACAGACAUCUAAAUGUAUAGUCAUUCUAUUCAUAUUUAUUGUAGAAUAUAUUACGUUUGAAGUAAUUAAAAAUAAUGUUUUUGAAAAAAGGUCUAUUAUGCUCACUAAAGCUGCAUUUAUUUCAGCAGAAAUAAAAUAUUUAAAAUAAUUUUCUAUUUUAAUCCAUUUUGAAAUGUAACGUUAAUUUAAUAGUAAAGCUGAAUAUUCAACACUCAAGAUAUCACACUAGUUUUUCUAAUAGAGAAAACAUUCUAAUAUGAUCAUUUUAAUCAAAUAUAUGCAGGCUUGUUGAGAAUAAGAGGCUUUCUUCAUAAACAUUACAAAAUCAGAAUUGUUCCAAACUUUUUUAUUGUAAAUGUUAUUUGUAUUAAUAAAGCUUUGUGUUUUGUU